CUGUUCCGCCAUUUUGAACACUCGGAUCACAUGACAAUCAAUCUUGUCACGUGACAGCAUUUCCGCGAGAUCUUGGGGAAAGCCGACAAAUGACGCUAGAAAAUACGCUCGUCAAGGAGAGUAAAAAUGAAGCCGAAGAACUGGAAAGUGUCUCAGAGAAACCGCUUGAAAAUGAUGUUCGAGAAAAAAGACCAAAGACACCUCCCCUUCCAAAAGGAACUCAAACUCUCGAGCAUCAGGUCGCUGGCCACAGGCAUGGAAAGAGUAAAACAAAAUUAGGUUUUCUUCAAAAUACAGAUGGUACUGUCCUGAAAGCCAUCCAGUCUCCUCCAAGAGGAAUGAGAGAGCUGCAGUUUUACCAGAAUGUUUUUGAUGAAAAUCAAACAAACUCAGCUUUAAUAUCUCUGAGACAAUUUAUGCCUAAAUACCUUGGAACCUACAGCUCUCCAGAAUUACCAAAUGUGAUGUACCUGGUGAUGGAAAAGGUCACUCAGCCUUUUGCAGAGCCCUGUGUGUGUGACCUAAAAAUGGGAGCCAGAACUCAUGACCCUGAAGCAACACCAGCCAAAAUUGCCCGUGAAAAGGCAAAAUAUCCGUUCUUAGAAAACGUUGGCUUUCAAUUCCAAGGCUAUAGUGUUUAUGAUCAAGUUAAAAAGAAGUAUGACAUAUAUGACAAGAAGUUUGGCAGAUCUUUAACAGAAGUGGAGGUUCUAACCAAAGGUUUUGCAGCUUUUUUUGACAAUGGUUAUGGAAUCCGGGUGGAUGCUGUGAAAGCCAUGAUCAAAAAGUUGGAAGAAAUAGAGAAGUGGUUUAUGUCACCUUCAGGCCUAUGUUUCUAUGCAAGUUCACUGUUGCUAGUAUAUGAUGGAGAGAGAACCAGCACAGGCAAAACAGAUGAGGAAGUAUCUGAUGGCAUUGAUUAUAUCAAAGAAACAGACUGUGCUUGUACCCCUGAAGUGGCUGGAUGUGUAAAUCAUUGUCAGCUUGCCAUGGACUUAGAAUGCCCAGUUGCUGUGAAAAUGAUCGAUUUUGCUCAUGUCUUUCCUGCAAGUGGUCUGGAUGAAAAUUAUUUAACAGGACUGCGCAGUUUAAUAGCAUAUCUCCACAGAGUACUGGAACUUUGACAAAUGUUGUCAACUAGUUAUAACACUUAUUUGUCUCAUCUUAUUAUAAAGUCAGUACUGCCAUGAGCUUUAAGCUAUAUCUUAAUUUUCCAGAUUUUUUUCUUGUAGAAAGAUUGAUUACAUGGAAUGCUUUGUUAUGAUAACUUUUAUAUUGUCAGUUUAUCCCCAAGUCGGGUCCCAAGUGCAAGUAACUGAUAUUUUAACAGUGUUGAAGUUUUAAUCAAUAUCACUGUAAUAAACAUUUUUUUUAAAUGUU